AUGUAUCCCCCCAAUGGUGGCCAGGCAGCCUACUCCCCUCUUCCAGAUUCCGAGGUGCAUCAGCCUAGUUUCGACAUACAUGACACAUUCGACGCCUCGCCUCCUCUCAAAAACCGUCUCCAAGCAGCGCUGCGACAUCCGCUCUUUAGACCUAUAGCCAUCGUGUUUUCCUUUCUCUUCGCCGUUGCGAUAUUCAAGAUAUUCUUCUCUGGUCAGACUACACCCUCCAUCAUCGAGACCCCGGAUCCACGCCCCAUUUUGACACCUGAACCCGACUCACCCUCGAAACCAAAGGACAUGUCUAUGUGGCGCUCCGACUCGUUUGGUUUUUCAACCUCCGAGCGACCCGCCUACCUCGACAAGCCUCUAACCAGGCCGCUCGUCCUCCGCCUCGCGAUAAUCACCCGGGUAGACGCGUUUGAGCGGCGACAGACGAUCCGGGAGUCAGUGUUAGCCGGUGUCAAACCUAACGAGGUUCAAAUUGACUACAGGUUUUUCGUGGGGCGGGCCAAAGACGGUGUGGAGGGCUUGAACACAAAGUUGAAGUUGGUGAAGGAGAACAAGGUGUACAAUGAUGUGGUAAUUCUGGAUCAGUUUCCUGAUGUGGCAGAAAAGCUGUCGGUGAAGCGGUUCGAAGCUUUCAAAUGGACCAACUCGAUACCUUACGACCAGUACGACUACUCCAUGACGAUCGACUCUGACACUUUCUGUCGCUUCUCGGCGCUUGCCCGCCGGUUACAGCACACCCACCCCAACUUGAAUCCCCGCAAAGAACCCAUCAUGGUGGGACGCAUGGGCAACCACAAAGUAUACUACCAAAAUACCGGUUCCGACGAUAACGAGGACUUUUACAUCGCGGGGCCGUGGUACAAGUAUCCAAUCGGAGUCGGGUACAUGCUAAGUUCGAAUGUUACCCAAACACUCCUCAGCCUCGACCCGCCAGUUGCUCACCACGUCAACUAUCCCUCGGACGACGUCAUGAUCGGAUCGUGGAUUGCUGCCCUGCGUUACUACCCCGACUCCAACGCCACCUUCCUAACCACUGAGCACUCGUCUGCUCCCUCUUCGACACCAGGGCUACCCGUGGAACCAAAACCACUCCUCCCUUACAUAGUCAAUACCACUGUGGUAGACGACCAGGGCGGAUGGCACGACAUCAGGGAGGAGAGUACCAAGGACACAGAGCGGCCAAUCAGCUGGGAUUCGGUGUGCAUACACCGAAUGAAGAUCCCGCAGAUGAAGUCGUUGAGGCAGAUGGACGAGAUCAAGGCGGAGUGGGAUGAAGUUUGA